AUGACAAAACCAAUGGACGACGAUGAAGUGAAGCACGAGCUUAACAAAAUGGUACAGUUCAUCAAGCAGGAGGCAGAGGAGAAGGCGAGAGAGCUGCGUGUUAAGGCUGACGAGGAGUACGAGCAUGAGAAGGCCAAGAUUGUCGCACAGGAGCAGAAGCAUCUCGAUAGCGUUUACGAUAAGAAGGACAAGCAGGCUACCGUGGCCCGCAAGAUCGCACAAUCCACAGAAACAAACAAAUCGAGACUGAAAGUACUCAGCAGCCGUGAAGACCAUCUUAACACACUCUUCGAAGACGUUAAGCAUCGUGUUAACCAGCUCUCCGAAUCCGACGAUUACGCUGAAGUCAUCAAGAAAUUGAUCGUACAGUCUUUAUUGAAGCUUAUAGAGCAGCAGGUUAUUAUACACAUUAGACCUAAGGAUAAGCAGGUGACAGAAAAUUCACUUGACUCGGCUAAGAGUGAAUACAAGGAGCUUUCUGGUCGCGAUGUUGAUAUACAGGUGCAGACAUCCCUCGAGGACUCAGCUGCUGGCGGUCUCAAGGCUAGCGCAUUCGGAAAUCGCAUCUUUAUCGAUAACACAAUCGAGGCCCGUCUUACUCUCCUUGAAGACAGAAUGCUGCCUGAAAUCAGAUACGAUCUCUUCGGCAGCAACCCAAAUCGUAAAUUUGACAACUGA